CUAUUUAGUUCCUCCUCGCAAUGAAGCCCCGAGCCCCCGGGCUAACGUCUCUAUUGUACAUCACUGUCCUCUUCAUUUGCCUGCUCUCUUUCUCUGCUGCCCUAACCUCCCAACUAUCUGCUCUACGGGAGGAACCUGUGAAAUGGAGUACACCCCGAGACAGGGCAAGGUCUUUGCACAUGAUUGUCGAAAAGGUUGUCGAUGCUGGGGAUAAUGCAGUGAUCAAUUUUGAUCUUCUCGUGGAGGCUAUGAGCAACCCCGAGAAUGAAUAUCUUUGUCAACUACCGAACUCUACGGAGCUCUUUGCACAAGCUGGUUAUCAGUUCCUAGAUGUGGACAAGAGUGAUAGUAAUGAUAAGGUGCAGGUCACAGCCUGUGAGCGAGUGGAUACAAAUGGAUCUACCACAGUUCCACCUCUACCGGAGCAGCCAGAAGCACUAGCAUUUGGCUGUAGCGCUUUCGAUGCGAUGUCGUCGAUGUCUCCGGAUCAGCUUUGUAUAGAAGAAGGAAGGAUGGCCUAUGAUUACUUUCAUUCACCCAUUCCCGCUGGCUUCAACAGUCAGUGUAACUGUCAACAAGCAACUAGAUGCAAGGAUGGCGAGUCAUGGCCUGUUGACAAGGCCGGCAACACUUACCCUGGUCGAACAGCGGAUGAGGCAUGGUGGGAGGCGACUCGCGAUGACGAGUGGAAAUACGAUACAGCAGUGUGCACUACUACAGGUUGCUCUUGCUGGUUGGCUUGUACUAAGGAAGAGUAUGAUCCCUGUAAGGGAGUGUUUGUGGGGGAUGGUCAGCUGACGGUGAACCAGAUCAAUCAGUAUCUCUACGACGGGUACCCGCAGCCGCCGACACACGAUGGAAGUGGCUCGUCAA